AUGUCCACAGCCGAGAUGCAAGCUCCCAAGGGCUCAUCCAGAGCUAACGGAAUAGACGGACCGCUCAACCCAUUCGUGGUCACUCCGCCUCCACCAGACGCAGCGGAAGAUGAGAUUCCAGGAUACGUCAAGCGUUUCGGGGCCUAUCAUACUCUGACCGAAGGCGUCUUUCUACCCGCUGGGACAUUGUUGCCGAAGGGUGCGACUUUUGGCAUGCAAGCGACAGUCGACUUUGGGCUGCAUUUCCCGAAAGGGACAAAAGUUCCUGGUGGAUUUUUGCUCCCUGUAUCUGUCGUAAAGAAGGGCAAGUCUCCUGACCCUCCGCCUGAUCCUCAACCGCCUUUGUGCUCUGUGCAAUAA